AUGCAACGUCCGCGUUUAUUCACCGAUGCGCAAAUAACUUCUGCUCACAGUGCAACCACGACUACUACUGCCUCACAGAAUGAAUUUUAUUCCAACAUUGAAGAUGAAUUAAAUAAAAAACUUGACAAUGAAAUGGAGCAAUUAGUAUUUAGUUUUCGUGACAUGGUUAAAGCAGCAGGAUUUGAAGUUAGCUUAAGGAAUAUUGGAAGGGAUGACAGCAGGGAAGUGGAAAAAGACAAGUAUAGAAAUGCAUUGGAUGAAUAUAUUGGUGAAUUACGAGCUGCAAACUUGACAACUCUCCUGCUGAAUGACACGAAAACUUUGAUGCAAUUGCGCGAAACUCGUAAAAACUCAUUGACUACUAGAACUCGAAAUAUUAAGAAUAAGAUCGUACAGCUCAAUGAUGCAGUUAAUGAGGCUAUCUGGGAAAUGGAAAGUGUGUUGGGAGGCGGUCAAGCGCGUCGUGGGGAUAUUAAAUAG